AUGGUUGCCGAUCACUAUGCGCUUUUAGGCGUCAGACGCUACGCAUCAAUCAAGGAGAUCAACGUUGCUUGGAAGCAAUUCGCUCUGAAGUAUCACCCGGACAAGUGCAAUGGCAAUGAUGCGCUCGAAGAAUUCCUAAAGGGCCUGGAGGCUGCAGAUACGCUGCGUGAUCCUCAACGACGUGGAGAUUACGACAAAGAACUCAGAGCCCAUGAAUUGCACUAUCGGACAAAUAGGGCUGGUGGGUAUCAUCGUUCACCUCAAACCCCUUCGGCCUAUUCCUCGCCGCUGAACCCACAAUCUCAGCACUCAAAUAAUCCAGGAGACUGGACAGACCCGCAACGCAGCUGGAACCGCACUUACAACGGAAACGGCUAUCAUGGUUCCCCGCCCAAAUACAGCGAGGCACAGAUGGACAUGAUCUUCGACACUGUUAAGAGACGAGAGAGGGAACGUAUCGCGGCAGAGAGAGAGAAGGCGCGCCAGGCUGAAGCCGAACUGGAGAAACGCCAGUUCGUGACCGAGCAGGAAAUGCACGCAUCGGAAACCGAUAACUGCCCCUCCGAUGAUACCUGGCCCCAAAAGGCACAGAUUGAGAUCUGUGAAGAGAAAAAGAUAGCUCAAACCGUUCUUGAUGGGGGAGAGUCAACGGGCGAAAUUAUCGAGGCGGCAGAGGGACGCUCCUUGGGACAGGAUACGGAGACCUUUCCUAAUGGCAAUGGCCCAGCGGGUCUGGAUACUACCGCAUCUCAUCGAUCGACUGUUUUUAUGAGUGCGACUACUUCCUUCCGUGAUGGCAGCGAUCUCACCUGGCUUCUCUCGACUCCUGAUUCCCCGGCCGACUGGGACGACAGCUCGACUGACUCAGAUGGAGGAGUACUCCUCGCCAACUUCGAGACACAAAACAAGGGCGAAGAGACAACGUAUCUUGACUGUGAUGAUCUUCCUUGCACUGUUCCAGAUCUUAACCCGACCAGACCCAGCUCCAGCUCUAACCCAGUACGCACCGAGCCGUCGACUGAAGGAACUGUGCAUCCCGUGGAAAAUCCUCAACCCCAGUCAUCGCUACGCCCAUUCAUCCCGUACUUUAAGGCCAAGUUGGACGACCCUAGUUGGCGUUAUACACAUGAAGACAUGUGUCAAGAGCUCCAUGGUCUCGUCAUGGAUGCCGUUUGUACAUGGAUGGAGAGCAAACAUCCCUCUCAUUCUGAUGGCAGUCCGCAAACUGCUACAGAUGAUGAUUUUGCUUGUUCACAUCUCGGUUCCUGGGACAAGGGGUUUGGUCAGCCCGAAUGUGACAAUUGUCAUCUCUGGAAACCACUUUAUACCCUGACGUGCCAGGGUUGUGGUUUGAAACGAUGUGUUCGGUGCAAGUUUGAGAAUUGGGAGAAUUAUGAGGUGACUCAUUAA